UAACCGGCUCUUGGGCUAGUGCUGCUGUAGCAGUUGACACCCUCCCAAACCUCGGCAGCCGCAAAGCUGCUCAGUCGACAUGGCAAGAAAAUAUCGCAAUCUUAUCCCUAAAACGGAUGAAAAUCUUCCGUAUCGUUUGGAAUGAUAUUCAUCAUGCAAUGUAAUCCAACAUCCACAAUGUGUGGGGACAUUUAAGAACAAUUGAGUUCGAAAGAAGAAAUUUUGAUUCCAGUGGAAUCUUCCAUAUAUAAUUAUUAUAUUAUUAUUAUAUAUUUUCUGUGUUAAGAUAGAUUUACACACACUUGUCCCAUCAUCAUAUAACCAUGCCAGUGCAAGCACCUCAAUGGACAGAGUUCCUGUUGUGCCCAAUCUGCACGCAGACAUUUGAGGAGACUGUUCGACGGCCUAUUAGCUUGGGCUGUGGACACACUGUCUGCAAGAUGUGCCUGAACAAGUUGCACCGAAAGGCCUGUCCCUUUGACCAGACGGCCAUCAGCACGGACAUUGAACAGUUACCUGUUAACACAGCCUUGUUGCAGCUGGUUGGAGGCCAGGUUCCUAAAGCUCAGCCUGUUGCGUUGAUCACCAGUCCAGAAGAUUCACAACAUUAUGAGGAAGCCAGGCAGUGUGUGGAGGAGCUUGCUCUAUACCUCAAACCUCUCAGCAAUACUAGAGGUGUAGGCCUGAGCAGCACUGCACAAAGCAUUCUCAGCCGACCCAUGCAGAGAAAACUGGUGACACUCGUCCACUGUCAGCUGGUAGAGGAGGAGGGCCGUGUGAGGGCAAUGAGAGCUGCCCGCAGUUUGGGUGAAAGAACAGUCACAGAACUGAUUUUACAGCAUCAAAAUCCUCAGCAGCUUUCCUCCAACCUGUGGGCUGCUGUCCGAGCACGAGGAUGCCAGUUUCUUGGUCCAGCGAUGCAGGAAGAGGCUCUAAAACUGGUUCUUCUAGCUUUAGAAGAUGGCUCUGCACUAUCCAGAAAAGUAUUAGUUCUUUUUGUAGUCCAGAGGUUAGAACCCCGCUUUCCACAGGCAUCAAAAACUAGCAUAGGCCAUGUGGUGCAGCUCCUCUACAGGGCAUCCUGCUUCAAGGUGACAAAGCGCGAUGAAGAUUCAUCUCUAAUGCAACUAAAGGAGGAGUUUCGUACAUAUGAGGCUUUGAGGAGGGAACAUGACUCUCAGAUUGUUCAGAUUGCUAUGGAGGGUGGCCUACGCAUUGCACCAGACCAAUGGUCUUCUUUGUUGUAUGGAGAUCAGUCUCAUAAGUCACAUAUGCAGUCUAUUAUAGAUAAGCUGCAAACUCCUGCAUCGUUUGCUCAGAGUGUUCAAGAGCUGACAAUAGCACUGCAGAGGACUGGUGACCCAGCUAAUUUAAACAGGCUUCGACCCCACUUGGAACUACUGGCUAAUAUUGAUCCCAGCCCUGAUGCUCCACCUCCAACCUGGGAACAACUAGAGAAGGGAUUGGUUGCAGUAAAGACUGUUGUUCACGGUCUGGUGGACUUCAUCCAGAAUCACAGCAAGAAAGGAGCCGACCCUCAACAGCCUCCUCAACACAGCAAGUAUAAAACAUACAUGUGUCGUGACAUGAAGCAAAAGGGAGGAUGUCCUCGUGGUGCAAGUUGUACCUUUGCUCAUUCUCAGGAGGAACUGGAGAAAUAUCGGAAAAUGAAUAAACGACUGGCAGCUCGCCUUCCUGGAAGUGGAGGGCUCAUGCCAGAAGAUGGCCUUCCCCUAGAUGUGGCCGUAACCCGGAAGCCUUCGCCUCUCACCAACGGCAGUGGGGCGCCUUCCCUUCCCCAGCUCAUUGCCCGUGGCACUGAUUCAGUUUCUUAUGAACUGCUCCGCAAACCUGUCAAAAUGGAUGGAGGCAGUCCCAGUGCACCCGGAUCACCACCUGAUGUACUGGAGCCUAUUCCCAAACCUGGCAUGCCACUACCACCUCAUAGCAUGGCUCAUCCCCGGCUGCCCACAGACCAUCACUCUGGGGUCAAGCCGAUGCCUGUAGUGGCCAGAGGUUCUUAUCCACAGCCUCAGUUAACUGAUAUGUACUGUAUUAGGCCACCCUCUGCUUCUCAGUAUGAGCCCUCCCAGUAUCCUACAGGGUACCAUUAUCAACAACCACCACAAUAUGUCACCCGAGACUAUGUCCGUAAUCCUCAACCCCCCAGUGAGGCAGGUGGCCCACCUUACCAGGAUCCUUAUCCUGGCUAUGCACCACCUGAGCGGCCGUACCAGGCAUCCCACUCUGGUCCUCCCUUCUCCUAUCCUCAUCCACAGCACUAUGAUAGAGGUCGGCAUGGCAACUACAACGGCCCCCCACCGCCGCCACAGCCAUAUCCACCACAGAGGGAAAGUCUUGUCAGAAUGAGCCCCGCUCCACUUGAUGUUCCCCCACAGUCAGGGCAGGCCAACUCACUAUACCAUCAAGAGCCAAAUCCUCGCGAUAGAUACCCACCUGAUGGCUACUAUCCACCAGGCACACAGCCCCCACCCAUGAGACCAUAUGUCAGGGGCUCAUCUUACACAGGCUCACAGCAUAGUCUGGACUACUUACAUCGUCGCCGGCAGGAGCUAUUGUCACAGCUGGAGGAACGGAAGGUCAUCUCCCCACCUCCAUUUGCUGCAUCUCCAACGCUUUCUCACGCAUUUCCCAGUGAUUACCCGCACGAGUACGGUGAUGAGAGCUCAAAAACAAUUGUGAAAUGUAGGGAGCCAGAUUAUGCCAGUCAAUAUUCUCCUUGGUCAUGUGAUACAAUUGGUUCCUACAUUGGUACAAAAGAUGCCAAACCCAAAGACGUUAUGGUUCCAGGGAGCAUGGAUAUGAUGAAUGUAGAAGCAAAAAAUCUCAGAGAGCCAUCACUGGAGACUCCUCGACGGGGAACAGAAGUCAAGGAUGAUGAUCCUAUUAUCCCUUUUGGUCCUCAGCCCACUGUGUCCCGAUUUGGUGCCAUUUCCCGCACCUCAAAGACUGGCUACCAACCUACCGGCCCUAUACCGACGAUUGUCGCUAGCUCUCAGAAUCCUAGCUCAAAACAUGCCAUGCCAGAAUAUUCAUAUGGAAGCCAUGGAGGAUGGGGUGGAGCGUCAUACCCCUCCCAUCAGCCAACCUCUUCCUCUCAGGGACACUUUGAGCGAGAACAGUUAAAGAUUGAACUGCAGCAGGUCAACCAACAGAUUACCCAGCAGACACAGAUGCAUAGCAUCGAAGCUGCUAGUAACUCCUUAAUGUUGCAAAGGGAAGCCAGUGCCCUUGCAGGCCAGGCUAGCCAGAGCCAAACAGUGCAGCAACAGCCAAAGUGGCCUCCAGGGGGCACAAAUGCCACAACAGUUUCCAGCGAACAGCUCAGCCUGGAGCUGCAUCAGGUGGAACGAGAGAUUGGCAAGAGAACAAGAGAAAUGGCCAUGGAAAACCAAGUAGCCCAUGAGCAGUUUAAAAUGAAACCUGCAGAGAAUGGACAACCAGAGCCAAAGGCGCAGUUAGAGGAAAUCUCACUGGCCCUAAGUGAGGUGUCUAACGGCUCCAGCAGUUUGCAAGAAAGUGCAGUGGGCGGGUCCAUGCUGUCACUGACCAAUAAGACAUCUGCAUUGAGUCUGUGCUCAGAUCCAGGUGCUGCUGGUUCAGAGAUUCAGAAAAAUGGUGUGGUCCAUUCAUGCUCUUAGUCAUGAGAUACAGAUUGACACUGCACACACCUACAGAAGAGAUGCUCAGUUGAAAAGCAUGCACAGGCACACAAACCAUUCUAUUUAGAAGAUGAGCAGUAUCUGCCGUGAUAUAAAUUUUCUUUCUUUUUGUUCUGUGAAUGAGCUUUUUAAUGAUUUUCCUUGCCUGGAAACCAGAGCAUAUGAUAACAUUUCUCGUGUCUGUGUUUUUUGUGUUGUUUUUUACUGGGAUUAUACUUUAACAAGGCUCACGGAAAAUAUAUCAGGAAAAGAAAUAGUGGUGAUGCUGAAAGUAGUAUCAGUUUAUUUAAAAGGACAAACUUUCACCUUUGUAUUUCUGGUUUACUAUUUGCCUUUUGCCUUUUUGAGCGCAGUUUACAAGAAGACAAUGUCUCAGCCCAAUUAGUUGCUUGUUAAAUUAGGACCUCUUUCAUGGGAUCGUAGGAUGGAAAGUGAGGUUGAGUGCAUGGAGCUUACCCCCAAAGUUGUAAAAAAAAAAAGGAAAAAAAAAGAAAAGUGGUUGUCCAGAUUAUGAUGGUCUGAGAAGGCGAAUAUUCUAAAUGAGGCCUUCAGUAUUAAAAUGAAGUGAUAAUGUUCAAAAAUGUGGCUGCACCUUCUGCCACAUGCAUGGUUUCACCUGCCAUGAGAAGCAUGAUUUUAUUAAUGCAUUUUAUAAACACAUUUUAUGUCUGUUUCAUACUUGAAAGCAAGUUUAUUAUAUUUGAUCAAAGCAUUCUGUUUUAAAGAUUGCAACAAGUUUUUGAUAAAGAGCUUCUCACAUGUUUUCUAUAAGGAAAUACUUGGAAAUCUUACUAUGUGCUUCUCUUGGAUGUGGUUUAGCUGUGAUGCCCAGGCUGUAAGAAAGGACAGAGCGGUUUCCCUCCUCAGAACUUCUCAUCUGGCCACUCAUAAAAACCUCCCCAUUGGGAUUAUCUUGUCAUUUGUUCUCCUAACUUCUAUGAAGUUGCCUUCCCUUUUGACUUUUUGUUCAAUUGUGCUUUGUUUUAUUUUCAUGCUUUGUUGUUACAAUUUUGGGGGUCACAACUCUAAUAGCACAGACCUUGCUCUAAAAAUAGAAUGACGUAACAAAUGUGCUUCUUUGAUAGGGUCGUGUUCCUAAACAAGCUCAAGUAUAUAAUAGGAAAGAGGGCAGCAUAUUUAAAAUCAUGUGAAAAAUUAUUUUGCACAGGAGAGCUAUGUGUUUCCUGGUUGCAUCAUUAUACACACCUUCUCUGUUUUAAGACGGUUUAUCCACACUGAUUUAAAAUUUUAAAACCUAUCAUCAUCACUACUAUUGCUAUUUUAAUUUAAUUUUCUUCAUGUCAGUUGUUUACUGCAAAGCUCAAUGGAGUUUGCUGCCUUUUGUAAACAAUUAGCAUGACAAGCUUAUUUCCAGCUCUGCUGAGAGCGAGUGAGUCCUUGUGCUUAAACGGUUGAAGGAUAGAGGAGAUGUUCCCACUUAGUCCGGUUUACUGUAAACUUGUCUUUAUGAGGGGUACUGGCAAACUGACAAGUGUAACUUAUCCAGUGGUAGUAUCAAGAUGCAAAUGCUUUUGUUUCCUUUGAGUUUCAAUGUGCAUCUUUAACAAUGUUUCUGCGCUGCAAUAGUGAUGUUGGGUUUUUCAUUUUUCCAACUGCGUUAUAGCCACUGGCUGCUCCUCACUAUGUUUUAUUGUUUAGGUACACCGCUCACUUAUACAUAUGAGUAUGUAUACAUACAUUAAUAUACUAAAGCACUAUUAAUGUGCCACCUGUUAUUCUACUCGCUCAGCAUUUAUAUUAAAUGAUCUACUUAGAAUCGGCAAAAUGUUUUUUUUUGUUUUGUUUUCUGUCCACUUGUUGCCAACACAGACUUUAUCCUUUCCCAGACGAAGGACUUCUGUGCGCAUUGAUGUCUGUUCACUUAAUCUUUUGUGUUCAAACAAACAUGUUCUUUAUAGACUAUGCUUCCGAAGAAGACAAAAUGUUGUUCCUUUGGAAAGUUUCUUGUGUGUUAGAUUGUAUUGUAGAAAAUGUAACCGGAUUUAAGUUGUUUUUCCUCAAAGUGUGCUGUACUGGCUAAUAGUGUUCAGGUCUAAGAAUGGUGUUGGGGGAUUGUUUUCCUACUCAACUCCUAAAACAUUCAGGAUUUCUUUGAAAGGUUGGCCUUACAUUCUCCCACCAUGCCCCUCCAUGCUCUAGGAGCAUGAAGUGACAACAAUUUAACAGAAAUUGCUAUAUUGUUCUAUAGAAAUCUCUCAAAAUUGUGUGUAUUAUUUUGUAAGGCGAUGUCAUAGAUGAGGUGUAGUUUUCGGCAGUAGUUGAUUGAUUUUACUGGCCUUUGGUUCAUGGGGAAAAGAAGAAAGAGUAACCCUAAACUAGUUUGAGUUACUUCCUUUUUGAAGUGGGGGAGGCAAUUAUGAAAAGACCACAGGUCCCAAAUUUAUAGAAUGACUCUAUUUCUAAGUAUUGUUGUAUGUGGGUCCUGCAGUUUUACUGAACAAUGUUUAUCUUAAAAUAAUGCAUAUUCAAUUGUAGUUUACAAAACAACAUUAGCAACAUUACUCAGAGCUUUCAUUUUUCAGUGAAAUUGCUGCCUAGACCUACUUUCUCUGGCCUCUAUCCCAAUUUGACCUCUGAACUCUGUUACUGCUGUUUGAGGCUCACACUUAAAUCCCUGACUUUCUGGGGAAGUUCGCAGAUGGAUUUUUAUAUGAGUGCUCCCUUGUAAAAUAUCUCUUAAAUUAAGGUACAAGUUUGAUUUCAGCAAGAAGAAAGUUUUUAUAUGUAUAUUAUACUCCAUUAAGGAAUGUCUAGAAUUAUCUUCCUCCAAUGUGGAUGUAGCCAUUAUUACGCCAUUUUAUGACUUUGUAAGAGAAUUCACUGUGUGAAAAUUGGUCUGCAUUUUUGUAUAAUACAAUCUGCUGUUUUUUCUUUUGUUUGAUAAGAGAGGGAGGUCAAACUGGAAGUUUGAAGAAAGGAAAAAAUGAACCUGUGAAAUUGAAAUAACAAAAUGUAACUUAUGUGCAACAGUGAUUUUAAGCUGAGGGAGAAAAUAUUAAAUGAUAUUGCUAAUUCUGA